AUGCGUAUGGUUGGGAACUUAAGUGAUUCUGCAGAAACGGAUGUUGAAUCGCAAUUGUGGUACCGCAGAAGCGGGUAUGGGGCCGCAGAUGUGAAAAGUUCUGGGCAAAAAACGGGAAAGAGGCUAAGGCAUAUGAUUUCGAGAGGAAUCAAAGGAUAUCAGUUGGGUUACAAAUUUGUAAUCGCUGAGGAGUGCCCAGAAAAACCUGAAAAUGCUACUGAUAAUCAGCUUAAGGCCUAUGAUAAAUGGGUUAAGGCUGAUGAGAUGGCGCGAUGUUACAUCCUUGCCUCUAUGGAGAAUGUUUUGCAAUAUCAGCAUCAGUCUAUGGGGUCUUCUUAUGAUAUGCUCGAAAAUCUCAAAGAGAUGUUCGGUGAGCAAAAUCGUGCAGCUAAGCAGACAGCCAUGAAAGCCCUUUUAAACACCAAGAUGGCUGAAGGAUCAUCGGUCAGGGACCAUGUUCUGAAGAUGAUGAGUCGUCUGAAUGAACUGGAGGUCUUUGGAGCUGUGAUUGAUAAGGAGUCUCAAGUUGAGAUGGUCCUGCAGACUCUUCCUAACAGUUUUCAACAGUUUCGCUUGAACUAUAAUAUGAACAAAAUGGAUUUGUCACUAGCGAAAUUGUUGAAUAAGCUGCAAGCGGCAUGA